UAAUGGGUUGUUCAGAGCUGGGUAGUCGUUGAUAUUGUGUCCAUCUAAUUCGAAGUGAAAGGGAGAAGAAAGUAAAAUAAUAAAGAGGUUGAGAAUAAGUGCACUCAUUAUUUUGAGUUAAAAAUCCAAAAUCUCCUGCAAACACUCACUGGAGUAGUUCGGAUCUGUUUUCAGAAAUAGAUACUUGAAGCUCAAAAGUGAGAUCGGAGAUGCUUGACGGUAUACUAACCCGUGGUUUCAGCUCCAAAUGCAAAUCGCUAGUAAAGGCUACAAGGACGAGAAUCGAGGUGGUGAGACGGAGAGCUGAGUCGAAACAGAGGUUUUUGAAGGAAGAUCUUGCCAAAUUGCUUGAUAAUGGACUCGAUAUUAAUGCUUAUGGAAGGGAAAAGGUCUCGGGGAAGAUGAUUGGCAGUGCUAGAGAAUCAAUAGGUCUUUAUUUUCUUGAUAACGGGAACAACUCACUACAACUGAAUCCUAUUUGUUUGAACUCUACUUUUGUUUUGAAUAAAAUCAUGCUUUGGCACUAUAGGCUUGGACAUCCAAGUUUUUAUUAUUUAAGACACUUGUUACCUCAGUUAUUCAAAAAUAAAAAUCCAUCCUUAUUUCAAUGUGAAUUUUGUGAAAUGGCUAAGCAUCACAGUUCUUCUUUUCCUUCUCAAAAGUAUCAGGCUUCAAAACCUUUUACAAUGAUUCAUAGUGAUGUAUGGGGACCAUGUAGAAUUUCAACAAUGUUUGGAAAACAGUGGUUUGUAACUUUUAUUGACGAUCAUACUAGAUUGAGUUGGGUUUUUUUUUAAUUGAAGGACAAAUCUGAGGUUAAAAAUGUAUUUGAGACUUUCUAUGUCAUGGUAGAAACCAGUUCAAUGAGAAAAUCAAGAUUUUUCGGAGUGACAAUGGCCGAGAAUUUUUUAACGAACAAUUAGGGAACUUUUUCAGAAACUGGGGUAGUACACCAAAGCUCUUGUCCGGAUACACCUCAACAAAAUGGGAUCGCCGAAAGAAAGAAUAGACACCUUUUGUAGAGGUAACGAGAGCUUUAAUGUUUACUAGUAAAGUUCCUCAACAACUUUGGGGAGAGACUCUUUUGAUUGCCACUUACCUUAUUAAUAGGAUGCCAUCUCGUCCUCUUGAAUUUAAGAUACCUUUAAAGUUUUUAGAGAAAGUUUUCCUAGUUCUAGGUUAACUACAGAUCUGCCUCUGAGAGUUUUUGGUUGUACACCAUUUGUUCAUGUUCAUAAUCGUAGAAAACUUGAAUUGCGAGCUAAGAAGUGUAUUUUUGUAGGAUAUGCCCCAAGUCAGUCAAAAGGGAUAUAAGUGUUAUGAUCCACAUGCUAGGAAGAUAAUUGUCACAAUAGACCUAACUUUCUUUGAGUUACAACUCUAGUUUACUACUCAUCUUUAGGGGGAGUAUCAUGUAGGUGAAGAUUCAUUUUUUUGUGAUAUUUUGGAAACUAGAUAUCAAGCAAAUGAUGAGCCUAAUAUUACAGUAAAUAAUAAUGUGAGAGAUGUAGGAAAAGAUAUAGAUAAGUGUCAUCCAAGAGAUGAUAAGGACCAAAGUGACUUGAAUGAUAAAAACUCAGAAAUUGAAACCUGAACCUGUGGCGCCUUCAAAUGACAAAAAUAAAAAUGGAAAUAGAGAACAAAAAACAGAAAUGCAGGUGUAUUCGAGAAGGAACAAAACCCAAGAAAAAAGGGCCGAAGAUUCUCAACAUUGCCAAAAAUCAGUCCCACAAGACCUCAUUGUAAUUCAAGGAUGCUCUACAAGUUCCCGAGUGGAAGGAGGCUAUUUUGGAGGAAUUGCAAGCUCUUAAAAAAAUGAGACAUGGGAGUUAGUGGAUUUACCCGAGGGAAAGAAACCAGUGGGUUGUAAAUGGGUGUUCACCACCAAAUUCAAAUCAGACGGAUCAUUGGAAAGGUAUAAGGCCCGCCUAGUAGCUAAGGGAUUCACAUAGACAUAUGGCAUUGACUAUCGAGACGUUUACUCCAGUAGCUAAGCUAAACUCAAUCAGAGUUCUGUUGACAAUCGCAGUAAAUCUCGACUGGUCUCUUCAACAGUUGGAUGUGAAGAAUGCUUUCUUGAAUGGGAACCUAGAGGAAGAAGUCUAUAUGGAUCCCCUACCAGGUUUUGAAGGGAAGUACAAGUCAAAGAUAUGCAGGCUUAGAAAACCUCUUUAUGGUCUAAAACAAUCUCCAAGUGCUUGGUUCGAAAGGUUUACUCAAUUUGUGAAAAAGCAAGGGUAUGUGCAAGGACAAGCAGAUCGCACUAUGUUUAUUCGACAUCCGGUAGAAGGAAAAAUAAUAGUUCUCAUAGUGUAUGUUGACGAUAUCAUCCUCACAGGAGAUGAUGUGGUUAAAAUAAAAAAUCUAAAGGAACCUCUUGCCUCAAAAUUUGAGAUAAAGGAUUUAGGCCCGCUAAAGUACUUUCUUGGCAUGGAGGUUGCACGAUCAAAGAAAGGAAUUAUAGUGUCACAAAGAAAGUAUGUUCUUGAUUUGUUAAAAGAAACAAGAAUGAGUGGUAGAUCAGCUGAAACUCCAAUUGAUCCAAAUCUAAAAUUUGUAAAUUAAGGAAAAUUGAUUGAUAAGGGCCAAUAUUAGAGAUUGGUAGGCAAGUUGAUUUACUUGUCACAUACUAGACCUGAUAUUUCCUUUGCUGUGAGCCUAGUCAGUCAAUUCAUGCAUUCUCCGCGAGAAGAACACCAAGAAGCUGUGUAUCGACUCCUAAGGUAUCUAAAGAGUUCACCUGGGAAAGGGUUGUUCUUCAAAAAGAAUGAGCAGAGAAUUGUUAAGGCUUAUACAGAUGCAGACUGGGCUGGUUCAUCUAUUGAUAGGAGGUCUACAUCUGGAUAUUGUACAUUUGUUUGGGGAAACUUAGUGACAUGGAGAAGUAAGAAGCAAAAUGUGGUGGCUCGAAGUAGUGCUGAGGCUGAGUAUUGAUCCAUGGCACACGGAAUUUGUGAAAUAUUGUGGCUCAAGAGAAGAUUGAAAAUGGGAGUGUGUGCAUUCCUUUUGUUCCAACAACUGAAGAAGUUGCAGAUAUUUUCACAAAAGGUCUUUUUAGAACUACUUUUGAGUCCUUUGUGAGCAAACUGAAGAAUUUUUGCUUGGGCUGAACCUCUUGUCCUGCUAUGACUUUGUGGAACAAUCUUGUGAAUAUAUUUUGAUGCAGCUCUCCGACAUGCAGAAACUAAGGGGCUGUCCUGAGAACUGCAGAGAAGCUGUGGCAUCGCUGAUGUUUGCUGCAGCAAGAUUCUCCGAUUUACCAGAAUUACGAGAGCUAAGGGAUUUAUUUCAGGAGAGAUACGGGAACUCUUUAGAAUGUUUUGUUAACCAGAAGUGCUGUCAGUUUGUGGAGAAAUUAUCUUCAAGCCCCCCUGCAGUGGAGAAGAGAAUUCAGCUGCUGCAAGAUAUAGUGGUAGAAUUUUCCAUAAGGUGGGACUCCAUGGGAUUUCAAAAGAGGAUGGCAUUUGCACAGGCUCAACCAAACAGGAGUGGACUUUCACAUGCUUCUGCUGGCAAUCACAUUCUACCAAAUGGCAAGGAUGGUGGUUUAAAAGCUGAUAAACUUGACGUUGCACUUGGUGAAAGGCACAAGGGAUUGAAUGAUCAACAUAACAUAAAGAAUGGAAGAGAGGGUGCUGUCUUGAAAAAAGAGCAGCAGGAUCUUCAUUCCUCUGAAGGAAAAGAAUCAAACAAGGAUAGAAAUAAACAUCUUACAAAGCAGGAAACAUGCUAUUCAGUGGGGCGAAAACAUGAUAUCUUGUUUGACGAGGAGGAACAGACAAGGAUAAGAAACAAAGCAGUCAUGGAGAAAGAUGAUAAUUCAACAAGGAUAGCAAAAUCAGGCAACUCAUCACAUGGAGAGAGGCGAGAAGGUUUUGAUUAUAAAUUUACUAGAAACAAUGAAAAUCAUGGUCAAAUUCUCACAGGAAGAGUACAGGACACUCUAUCUUGUGCAAGAUCAGAGACUGCUCCUAGUAGGGGACUCCCUUUCAGAAAUGAAGAUGUCACUUCUGCUCGGGACACAGCCAUUGAAAAGAAUACUGUCAACUCAAAAAAAAUGGUUCAGCAGGACGCUGGAAAUAGGUUAAUGACAUCCUAUGCCAAGUUUGCUCUCCCUCCACCAUACAGUAAGUCCAAAGAGAAAGCCAUCCAUCCUCCAUAUGUAAAGCGAAAAGAUAGCAAGGAAAGAGGCCUCAAAGGUUCUAAGCAGUCUGCUUCUGAAUUUGAUGGCCAUUUCAGAAGUUCCUCUCCAUCCACUAGAGUUGAAACAAUUAAGAUCACUAAAGAAUCAGACCUUUCUGAUCAUGUGGCUCAAACUAUUAAACCCACUAGAACAAAUAGUCAUGGUCAUGAUAAAGAAUUCUCUCACAAGGAUGUGAUUUUGCCCAAACCAAGAUCUCUUAGGAGAAAGCACCAUAAAUCAGCUACUAAUAAUCACGGUGAAGUAGAUAAGUCUGAAGAUGCCAGAGGAGCCAAGAGAAGUUCAAGUAGCCGGCGAAGGGAACAUUCAAGGAAAGGCUUGCAGAUUUUAUUUGAGGAUGAACGCCAUAGAAAAGAUGAAGAGGAAAGAAUGAUAGAUAAACUAUUGCUGCAUUACAGUAAAAGACCAUCAAAGUAUGAUGUGAGAAAAAUGCCACAAGCUCUGGCAACUCCUGAUACUGGUGAAUUCUCAAAUAAUCAAACCAAUGGAGAUCAGGAUAAAAUGGAAUCAGAUGUGGUUGUUUUCCCCAAAAGAUCUAUUUCCCUCCCACACGAGCAGGCUUCUCCAUCGAAGGCAACACCUAUCUUUGCUCGUGCCAAUUCAUUUCAGCCCGACAACCAGGCAUGUCAUGUGCAUCCCAAACUACCAGAUUAUGAUGAUUUGACUGCCAGAUUUGCUUCUCUAAGAGGCUGAUAAAUUUUAUAAUAGAUUAAACUUGACGAGUGUUUGCUCCAGUGUGUGUUACCUCUUCACAUUCAUUUACACGGCUGAUUCUUGCCCUAAGCUGUUUACUGACUGUAACCUGUAACCUUUAUUUACUUGACAACCUGUACCAAUACAUAUUCAGCAUGAGGUUCUUAUA